AUGGCGGUCUACAACACACUUCCCACCACCGCGAAAGGCAAGAUCGAACCUUUCGAAAUUCACAUUGAAGAACACAAGUUACAGGAUUUGAACACAUUAGUGAGAUUGAGUCCAAUCGUGCAAGCCACGUAUGAGAACCAGAAAGAGCGUGCAUCAGAAAGCCACACCUUCGGCAUCACACGCGAAUGGCUAAUCGAAGCAAAGAAGUACUGGGAGACUGAUUUCAACUGGCGCACCCAAGAAGCCCACCUGAACACUUUCCCCCACUACAAAGCUUCCAUCACAGACGACGACGGAAGGACCUACACCAUCCACUUCUGCGCCCUCUUCUCUCGCUCCCCCACCGCAGUCCCCCUCGCCCGCCUAAGCGGCUGGCCCUGCACCUUCGUCGAAUCUCUCCCCCUCCUGACCCUCCUCCAGCAGAAAUACUCCCCGGAGAAGUUACCCUACCAUGUGAUUCUGCCCUCGCAGGUUGGCUGGGCUUUCUCCUCCCCUCCACCUCUGGAUAAAGACUGGUCGUACGCAGACUCCGCGCGUAUACUGCACAAACUCAUGACCGCGACGCUAGGGUUCGAAAAGUACGCCGUGAGCGGGGGAGAUAUCGGCGCGGGUAUAGGACGUAUCAUGGCGUCUUCGUACCGCGAGGUCAGCGCCUUCCAUACGAAUCACAAUCAGAUGCCGCGUCCGGACGACGCAACCCAUGAAGUGCUUGAAGCGUUUGAGAAAGAGGGCGUAAGCAGGGGUGAGGAGUUUCUGAGCACGGGGACGGCGUACGGGAGGAUGGCGGGGACGAGGCCGGGGACGCUGGGGCGGUGCUGGCGUCGUCGCCUGUUGCGCUGCUGGCUUGGGUAG